UGUUCAGGGCAGGGGAAAGCAAUGCUCAAAUUGCCAUCUUAGGCUGGACCAUAAUAUUCGGCAAUGCAGGAUAGACAAGUGCGUGACCCCGGAACAGUGCGGGGACCUAAGUAAACAUCCUGAUGAAAAAAUGCUCGUGGAUUCCGCAAGUGAUUGCCUUAAAAAAGUCGAACGUGAGUUACUAAAUAAACGAACAGAGUAUGAAACAAGACUGAAAGCGAAAAAUAGUUCAGCUAUGUCAUUUGCGCAAAAAGUAAGGACCCAUUUGAUCAACAGCAAUAAAAAGAAGUAUCUCAUAAAAACGACAGAAGGCUAUGUCCCGAAAUCGGCAACUGUAAAUAUCGAUCUCGCCAAACUUGAAAAACAUUUUAAAGGAAAAGUACCGGACGACCUGGACAGGGUAUCCGAACUGUUUGAAGGGAUAAUCAACAAGUUCGACAAUUCAAAGCGCCCACCUUGCACCCCAACACAGGGAAACCCGGCGAAACGUCUACUUGAAGAAAAUACAAUUUUUCCUGUGAAGUUUCCCAACAUUAACACUGGAUCUCUACAUGUUCACAGCGCAACUGCAUGUGCCCCCACGCGAGGAACUCCGAAUUUCUGUUCACUGCCGCCGAAAAAACGUUAA